UGAAAAUUAUAGCUUUUAUUUAUGGAGUGGGACUUAAAAAAUGGUAAAUUUUGGGGAAAUAGAAUCGGGAUGAGUUGAAAAUGGAAUAUCCCAGUCGGCGAUCGCCUGGCGAGCACCCUUCUCUGGCCAGUGGUUUAAAUGGUAACAAUCAAAAAGAUCCAACCAUUCACGUAGACAAAAUAAGACAAAAUGUUUCUUAAAUUGUCUAUUUAUUAAUGGAAAUUUACCAUUGAGUUUAUUUAUAGACCAUGUGAUAUAUUCAAGCCAUGUCGUACUAUGCUGUCGUCACAGCAUAGUUUAUGAAAGAAAGGCGAAUAAUACGGGCUUAGUAAAUAUUUGAUUACACUCCAGCAUCACAGAAACAGAACUUACAAGUUUUCAGAGUUUUGGAUUCAUAUAAAAGGGCUAGUCCCACCUCCAGUAGUCAGUUCUUAACUUUCUCCCAAAAUGAAGUACAUUCUCGUAGUGGGUCUGAUGGUCCUGGCUGUCCAGCUGGUAACUGCAACCUCCAGUAACAGCACCUCGUCCAACGCCACCACCACAACCACCACGACCACGGAUGCCACCACCACGACCACCACCGACGCCACAACGACCACUGAGAAGACCCACCACCGCAAGAAGCUCUGCUGGAGGGGCAACGACUGGUGCGGCACCUACACUCCAAAGAGGAGGAGGAGGCACAGGAGCCGGAGCAGGAGCAGCAAGUGCACGGAUGGCAGGUGCCGCAGGGUGGUUGUCCGGGUGACCCGCAGAAGGCACUCUGGCUAAGGUACCGGAAUAUAAGUUUCAAAUAAAACAUACAAGCACAAAA